CAUCUGUGCUAGAACAUUGCACACGCUCUUCUCUCGUACUGGAUUAUGCACAUAAUGAAGGGGAGGAGAAUGAAUCAGGAAAUCUACUCUGUAUAAUAUUUGCUGUAGGAAACAGAGAACUGAGAAGAGGUGCGACAUGAAAAAUAAGAGCUGGCUGGAUGCAUUUAUACGCGGCUGGACUUUUACUUGUGAAGCCAUGCUCCGUGUUCAAGCUCAACACCAUAUUCCUAUGUUACGAUAUAUGAUAGCUUCGUAUUCUGAAACAAAAGUACAGAAGCCUCUAGAUAAUGUGAAAUACAGUAAAUUGUUUAUAAAUAAUGAAUGGUACAAUGCAGCUAGUGGAAAGACAUUUCCAACUGUGGACCCAUCUACAGGAAAGAUCAUUACUGAGGUUGCUGAAGCAGACAAGGCUGAUGUGGACAUUGCAGUAGAAGCUGCAAAACAAGCCUUUAAGUUGGGAUCCCCGUGGCGUCAUAUGGAUGCAUCACAGCGAGGCCAACUCCUAAAUCGCCUUGCAGAUCUUAUAGAAAGAGACAGAGUCUACUUGGCAACCCUAGAAACCAUGGAUAAUGGUAAACCAUUUUCAGUGUCUUAUAAUGUAGAUGUGGGUGAAAUAAUCAAGAUUUAUAGGUAUUAUGCAGGGUUUGCAGACAAAUGGCAUGGAAAGACUAUCCCUAUAGAUGGAAAAUAUUUCUGCUACACUAGGCAUGAACCGGUUGGUGUUUGUGGGCAAAUUAUUCCAUGGAAUUUCCCAUUGAUAAUGCAGUGCUGGAAACUAGCACCAGCAUUAGCCACUGGAAACACAGUUGUUAUGAAGGUUGCUGAGCAGACCCCACUUUCUGCUUUGUACAUAGCAUCCUUGAUAAAGGAAGCUGGAUUUCCUCCCGGUGUGGUAAACAUAUUAACAGGCUUUGGGCCUACUGCAGGGGCUGCAAUCGCAAGACACAUGGAAGUUGAUAAAGUUGCAUUUACGGGUUCCACCGAUGUUGGCCAACUAAUUCAACAGGCAGCCGGCAAAUCGAACCUUAAGAGAGUCACAUUGGAACUUGGUGGGAAAAGCCCAUGUAUUGUGCUGGCUGAUGCAGACUUAGAGAAUGCAGUGGAGCAGUGUCAUGAAGCUCUAUUUUUUAAUAUGGGUCAGUGCUGCGCUGCAGGUUCUAGAACAUACGUAGAAGAAUCUAUCUACAAUGAAUUUCUAGAAAGGAGUGUUGAGAAAGCCAAAGAAAGGAAGGUGGGAAAUCCAUUUGAUCUAGACACAGAACAUGGACCACAAAUAGAUAAAAAACAAUUUGACAAAAUUAUUGACUAUAUUCAAAGCGGGAAAAAGGAAGGAGCUAAAAUAAUGUGUGGUGGAGAGCGCUAUGGUGAUGAAGGCUUUUUUAUCAGACCAACUGUUUUUGCUGAUGUCCAGGAUAACAUGAGAAUUGCAAGAGAAGAAAUAUUUGGCCCUGUACAGUCAAUAAUUACUUUUCGAAAAAUAAAUGAUGUUAUUGAAAGGGCAAAUAAUACGAGGUAUGGAUUAGCUGCAGGCAUAUUUACAAAGGACUUAGACAGAGCAAUGUAUCUCACUCAGGCAUUACAAGCUGGUACAGUGUGGGUUAAUACAUAUAAUAUUGUAGCUUGUCAAACACCAUUUGGAGGCUAUAAAGAAUCUGGAAAUGGAAGAGAGCUUGGAGAAGAUGGACUUACAGCUUAUACUGAAGUGAAAAGUGUCAUAAUGAAAAUCCCAGAAAAGAACUCUUAACACCACUCAAAGACUACACAUACUUGGAAUAUGUAGUAUAUGUUAUCAAUAAAUAUUAUUUAAAAAAUGCUAAUAAAACAUCUCUAAAAUCACUAAACAAGCAAUUAACCCUCAAGUGAAACAACAAUAAUAAUAAUAAAAAUAAUCAUAGUAUAUCUCAACGUAGGUCUUACAAAUGACAAACAAUAGAAAAUCCUACAAUACUGUAUUGCAAUCAGUUUAUUAAGAUUAUGCUUGAUUUCAUUUUAAAAUAAAUGAUGUGUUAUUACUGUAUGUAAAGUAGUGGCUGUACCAUGAAUGAAUAUGUAAUGAGAGAAACUACUACUUUAUAAGGCAUUGCAGAUAAUCAUAGACAUAUUUAUAAAUAAUUUAGAUACAUUAAUAUUUAUAAAACUUGCUAGCAACAUGUACAUUUUUAAUUUCUGUAAUAGUAUAUAUAGGAAGAAAGAUAAGGCAAGCUACAGUAUCUCUGGUGUUCCACCAGAGAUAGCUUGCCUUUUCUUCCUAUACUGUAUGCACGGCUUAUUUUAAGACAUUAGUGGUAGCACACCCUACUAAUAUAUGAAUUCAAAUAAAAAAACAAUUUAAGGGGUCUAUAGAUAUAAACUAUCUUAACAUUUUCAUUAUUUAAAAAGGGCAAUUUUUCUAGUUAAAUAUUUUUUGAAUGUAAUUUUAAGAGUUUUUUCCUUUUUUCUUUAAAGUAGAAAUGAAAGCACAACUCAACACUUCUGCUGAGAAAGUGUGACCUGGCAAGCAGCUGAGUAUCUGUGAUAUUUUCUUAGUGAUUCAUUGUGAUAGCGAUUUUCUAUCACUGUGGUAAUCGAUAAUAGAAAACAGGCCCCUAUCACUUCUUUUUCAGAAAUUUGCCCGUUUACUUUUUAAUGUAUGUAUUAGAGAACUUUGGUUCUAGUGACCAUUGGUCAUAGUAUUGCCAUAUAUUUCGUGAGCUGGCUGUAUUUAAUAUUGCUACAAUGUUCUAAUAUUGUUAAUAUUGCACAUCUGUGAUCUCCUGUAAAUGAUAUUUGAAUACAAACUGAGUUCUGAUAUUAUCACAUAUUAGGACAUUUUGAAUUAUAAGGAAGUACACACCUCUUACUGUAUAUUAUUACACAUAUCACAAAUCACCACCAUGUUCUGUGACCUGUAUCAAUGCCUGCAACCUUGUACCAUUUUAUGGCACUGUUAUAUGAUGCUGAUACUCUUAGAUUUAGAUACUCUUAAACCUUUGAUAAAGCAGCAGUAGCUGUGAAACGCGUCAGUGUGAGCCUUCUCUUCACCCAUCUACAAUCUAAUCACCCUUGCUUGGACCACCGUGGACCCUACAAAACUGCCAGCACUGAACCACAUCCGCAACCAAGGACUGGACUCGGUUCACAAUACGCACAACUGGUGAGGACUUUCCUAUUUUAUGAUUCAUUAUUGGAACUGUUAAUCCUCCAGCGUUGAAAUACACUUCUCCGGUCCAGGGACUAUGCUAUAGCCGCAGGAUAAACUUGGUUCUGAGCAUUCAGGGUCCUAUGGAAAAUUUGGAACAAGCAUAUGUGCUGUAUAAAUGGUGAUUAGAGGCUAUCUACUACAGUGUAAAUUUAUUUUUAAUUGUUUUAUUGACAGUUUUAAGCAUAAUAAAUUAUAUUGAUAAUUAGACAAUUCAU